AUGAACAUAUUCAGAUUAGCCGGGGACAUGACGCAUCUGAUGAGCGUCAUUGUCCUGCUCCUGAAGAUCCACACUAUCAAAUCAUGUGCUGGUAUGCAUACGUCCCUCGAUUUUUCUCAUUCCUUUUACCCGAUUUCCACGCAUCUAUUCUCCGGCUUAAAUACGUAGGACCGUUUCCGCGGGUUCCGGAGUGAAGGUGGAAAAAGAUUUUCUGGAAUGAAGAUUUCAUAGCAUGAAAAGUUUGUAUUAGCAGAUGUCCUUUUUUUUCUGUGGAGUGGAGUGCAGACAGUUUUGGAUCGAUAGAACCGUUUUACUCUUUUUAGACGGUCAGAGAUGGAAGAUGAUCGUAUUUCUCUGGGCAUUUUCCGUUAGGUUUUUUGAUGUGAACAUCAAGGAGUGUAAAGUGUUCUAAGUUUAGUGGUGGUCAGCAAAACAAAAACCAGUGCUUCUACUCUAUCCUAGGAGGGGGGCCGCAAUUGGUACGAGAGCUAAAAGGGUCAUUUCUUUCUUCUUGACGGGAUAUCCAUCUGAAUGCAUGUACUAAACCAAUACUCAUGAGUAUUGGCUCACAAUAGAUCGUACGAGAAAUUGCAGGUCCAUUGCAUGCCUAUUAAGGCUUUCUGUAGUGCCCUUUUAUUUCUUUUGGAACCAUGGGUAACCCUCUCACGCAUUGGGAAGUGAAAUGGAAGAGGUCAACCUUCCAUGGGUGCUGAUACUACACAACAAGGACCUCCCUUCUGUGGGAAGGCAUGUUCUCCAAUUUCCCAGCUAUAGGACCUCCAGGUGAAGGCUAGCUGUCGAAAUCCUGGUGUACUGGGCAAGAUGGCUGAGGAUUUUCUGGGUAGCCAUAAUAUUUCAUUGUUGACCACUUAGUCUUUAUUGUUUUUUCUUAAAUUGAGAAUCAAUUUGAUGAGCGACUUCUCUGGCUUUUCUGAUCAUAUGGGCACAAAUUGGUCUGGAUGCUCCACCUUCUGAGAAACACGAGGCUAAAGGUUUCAAUGGCAGGCUAGAUCCUGUUUAAGUUAGGUCGGAGCCACAAAAUUGGCUGCGGAAACAAAAUCUGGUCAGUUUGAGCUAUACUUUAUGUAUGUUAUAAUCCAGAGAUGUCUUUCUCUCUACAUAUAUAAUACUUGCGGGCCGUUGAUGGCCUCAGACCUAGUCAGCCGUAACCUGGAGGCUUAUUAUUUCCUGUAUCCUUUGAAUGCAUUGACAUCCAUUUACCUUGGCCUUCUGACCUGGUAUAGCUUACCAGUUAAAUCCCCCAGAAGCUGCAGCAUGACCAUACUUAAUGGAGUGGUAUUUUUAGUAACCCUGUAUUACAGCCAUGCAUGGUCUGGCACCAUGGGCCCUCAGGAUAUUUUUUUUCAGUGUUUCAACCUUUCUCACAUCCUUAUGUACUUUUAUUUUUUAUCCAGUGUAGAGUCCUCAAUAUUGGACCAAUAAGCUUUUGUCAUGCUGCCAUUAAUUCCUCGAAAUAUGAUAUGUAUUGAAAUAUUGUUAAUGUUAAGUAAACCAAAGUAUCGUCUUGAUUCUGAGCUAUGAAACGAUCAUUUUACAAAAUGCAAUGGAAUAACCACUCAUAAAUCAUCUGACAUGCUGAUAGCUAGUGAACAGAAGUCGUGUGAGCAACUUCCUCUGGGCAUCCUUUGGAUGAGUUUUCUAUAUUAUUUUGCAUUCUUUGUGUACGAUACUUAUACAAAAGGCUGUAUUUUGAUUUAAUUUUGGUUCUCGCCUCACUCUUUGGCUGUAUGAUAAAUCUACAGAAUUUACUAUUAAUAAAAAAUGUUUUCUAGUAUGUAUGCUCUAUAGACUUUCCAUUCUUGUAUUAUUCGUAGGUGAAUUUAUGGGUGUUGUUGGCCAAUGGCGUGUUCAGAGUUGAAUCUCUCCUGCCUGUGCACUUUCUUGCUGGUCAAAUAUGCCAUUUCAUCGCUACCGAUUUCAUCACGGUUUUGUUUUUUUUUUUUUUCAUUGCAGGGAUUUCUUUGAAGACCCAAGAGCUUUAUGCUCUUGUUUUUGCUGCUCGGUACCUGGACAUCUUUACUAGUUUUAUCUCCUUGUACAACACCAUAAUGAAGCUGAUAUUCUUGGGGAGCUCGUUCUCCAUUGUCUGGUACAUGAGGCGCCACAGGAUAGUACGAAGAUCCUACGAUAAAGAGCAAGACACGUUUCGCCAUCACUUCCUCGUACUAAUCUGCUUGCUUCUGGGUCUACUUAUUAACGAGAAAUUCACUUUGAAGGAGGUGAAAGUGCUGAUCUUGCUCGCAGACUCUGCUUACUCUGUUCUAUUUUUGAUUUCAUUGAGGAUUAGGAAUUUCUUCACAUGAAAAAAAGAAACGUGGUCAUCUAUUCUUUUUUCUUUUUUUUUUUUUUCUCUUCUCAAUAGAGCACUUACAUUCUGUCUCUAAUUACGACUAAUCCACUUCUUUGGUAUUUUCCGCCUCUGAAGAGAUGGUUUUAGGGCUUUUGUUUCCGUUCAGUCCCUGGAUUGAGUCCUUUCUGAGAAGGGUCUGGUCUUUCUUUCAUGAAACAGAUAAUGUGGGCCUUCUCGUUGUAUUUGGAGGCUGUUGCUAUACUCCCUCAACUGGUGCUGUUACAGAGGACGAAGAACAUUGAUAAUCUGACCGGGCAAUAUGUUUUCCUUCUUGGGUAAGCUUCCAUCCAAUCUCUCUCUAUCUAUAUAUAUAUAUAUAUAUAUAUAGAUAGAUAUAUAUCUCAUCCUCUUAUAACUCGAGCCCUGCAUCCGAGGAGGAAUGCUUCGAUUCGAUCUCCUCGACUUAUUAUAUUCUUUUCUUCUCAGUGCGUACCGAGCUCUGUACAUCGUCAACUGGAUCUACCGGUACUUCACCGAGCCUCACUAUGUCCACUGGAUAAGUACGGAAGCCUUCCCCCUUUUUAUUUUCUUCCCCCAAAUAUAUCAGCGCAUUUGUCGUUACCAAUCACCUUAAACGUGCAGCCUGGAUAGCCGGGCUCGUGCAGACGUUAAUCUACGCCGACUUCUUCUACUACUAUUUCCAGAGGUAAAUCGUUAUCUUCACAUAUUUUCUUUAUCUUAUCAUAAUAAUAAUUAUUAUAAUUAUUAUAAUUAUUAUAAUUAUAAUUAUAAUUAUAAUUAUAUUUUGACGAUCUACAGCUGGAAGAACAACGUGAAGCUUCAGUUGCCAGCAUAG